UAGAUCAGAUCUAUGGCGACACCCAGCGACCACAGAACAAUUCUGGGCCAACAACAGAGCAACCAAUACAGCUAGCAGCAAACACCCUUGAGUAACUAGUUCAAAAUUCCAAGUUCGUUUUCUAGAACGCAAUUCCUUUCAAUUACCAGAAGUGUUUGUCAGCAUUAGAUUGUUCAGUUAAAAACAUACUAGCUAAUCACAACGAAAUGAGGACGCACAACGCCAACUUCAUUUCCGUCCAGUGAGAUUUGGAACUUGUGGGCACCCGUAGUCGAAACCCAUGAUGGGCAGAUCUUCCGAUGAGCUGGAAUAAUCAACUGCAACCUACGGAAUUUUAACAACUUCGUCCGACGUUAGGAUAUCGAUUUUGAUAUAUUCGCUGUUUUCAUCAUUGCUUUGAUCAACUCAAAGAGCUGCCACAUACCAUGGCUGCUCAGAAGAUAAACGAAGCACAUGAGCAUAUCGCCAAGGCUGAAAAAUAUUUAAAGACAAGUUUCAUGAAAUGGAAACCAGACUAUGAUAGUGCUGCGUCAGAGUAUGCAAAAGCAGCUGUUGCCUUCAAAAACGCCAAGCAACUUGAGCUGGCGAAGGAUGCCUACUUGAAGGAGGCAGAGGCUCACACAGAAAACCGAGCUCUCUUCCAUGCUGCUAAAGCUCUUGAGCAAGCUGGUAUGAUGCUAAAGGACAUGCAGAGAAUGCCUGACGCAAUCCAGUACAUUGAGAAAGCCAGUAUGAUGUAUGUAGAGAACGGCACACCCGACACAGCUGCAAUGGCUCUGGACAGGGCUGGCAAGCUGAUAGAGCCCAUUGAUCUGGAGAAGGCUGUGAAUCUUUAUCAGCAGGCUGCGUCUGUGUUUGAGAACGAGGAUCGCCUGCGACAAGCAGUUGAACUUCUUGGGAAAGCCUCAAGACUUCUAGUAAGGCAACACAGGUUUGAUGAGGCUGCAGUGUCACUUCAGAAGGAGAAGAACAUGUAUAAAGAAAUAGAAAACUACCCCACCUGCUUCAAGAAAACAAUUGCACAAGUGCUGGUCCAGCUUCACAGAAAUGACUAUGUUGCAGCAGACAAAUGUGUCAGAGAGAGUUACAGUAUCCCAGGGUUCAGUGGGAGUGAAGACUGCAUUGCCAUGGAGCAACUUUUGCAAGGUUAUGAUGAACAAGAUGAGGAACUAGUGUAUCGUGUUUGUAACUCGCCUCUACUCAAGUACAUGGACAAUGAUUAUGCCAAGUUGGCAAUCAGCCUUAAAGUUCCGGGUGGUGGAAAGAAGAAAAAAUCUCCUUCGACCCCUCAAGAUGGUGCCGGGGGGGCUCAAGGUGCAGAAGAGGAGGAUGAGUACGAGGGCGGGCUUUGUUAACUCCAGCCCCACAAUGCUCUCUGCCUUGUCGUACUUGCCAAUCCUGUGGUGUGCGGUCAUUUCUGGCACAAACGGCCUGUCUGCCUGUUCUGCUUUUUCCGGGCUCCAGGGCUCAAUGGCACUAUAAGCUCUCCCAGUGCAUAUCUGCCCAACACUAUUAUUAAUUUGCAUCUUUGACAGAAGCAUGAGAGUAUAUGACCGUACCCGAAUGAUAAUCAUAAUGAUAAUCAUAAUGACGAUUUGAAAAUAUGUAUGUUUAAGAUUUGCCUUUGAUGUUUAAAUGAAAUGUUUCUACACAACGCUCUACCACUUUGAAAGUAGACGUUGAAAGCUCCGAUAUAGCAUGCAACAUGUGAAUGGUGAUUUCCAGUUAAGUCAUGGAUCCCAGGUCAAAUGGAUUUCCAGUUUACUGUCAUAUCUGUAGCUGAAAGCAUUGUUUAAACUGCAGCAACCCAUGGAAAAGCCUUAAAUUACGCAUAUGACAAAAUAUAUUUGGGCCUGCAUUUUCAUAAAUGUAUUUCCUGUGUCAAAUGUACUUUUUUUUGAGGAUGUGAACAGGUGUAAAAGUGGCUCUCAUAUCAUGUCUUAUGGAUUCUGAAGUAUUUCUUAAUCAGAAUGGAUAGUGAUUCAGUUGAAGAUGUAUCAUUUUUCUGUACAGUAUCUAAAAUAAUUUUAAAGUGUUUAUUAUUUACAUUGUGGUGGUAUUUGUUUGAAGCUUGCAUUUACAUAUGGUAACUGGUCUUGUUUUAAAUGUCAAGGAGAAUAAAUACUUGAUGGUGUAA